CAUUUUUAAGAAGUUUCUUAUAUCUGGAAUGGACUUCUGGGAGGGAAGACCACCCAAUUUCUCUCCUUUUCUUUUUUAGCCGUGCUUCCAGAAUUCCAGUAAGAAUAAUGUCUCUCCUUCAUCUUCCUCCUCCUUCCCCUUCUCGUCUCACUUCCUUGAGAAAUUCAUUCUCAGUUAUCACUCUUAAUUCUCUCCGUGUGUCCUCUCAACGCUGCCGUUUCAACCAGUCCCGUCUAACUCUCACCCCGACCGCGAGCCUUACCGUCGAUUCCCAUUCCCCGACGACUUCAUCCGGCAGAGGCAGCACGGAGGAAGGAGACUCUCCGAAGGUUCUGCUUGAGGUCAGGGACCUGACUGCUGUCAUAGCAGAAUCAAAAGCACAAAUUCUCAAAGGCGUAAACCUCGUAAUCCGCGAGGGAGAGAUACAUGCAAUCAUGGGGAAGAAUGGUUCAGGGAAGAGCACAUUUUCUAAGGUUCUUGUUGGCCAUCCAGAUUAUGAGGUUACUGGAGGCAGUGCUAUUUUUAAAGGAGAAAAUCUGCUGGACAUGGAUCCUGAAGAAAGGUCUCUUUUUGGGCUUUUCAUGAGCUUCCAAUCCCCAAUUGAGAUCCCAGGUGUAAGCAACAUGGACUUUCUGAAUAUGGCAUACAAUGCUCGAAUGCGAAAACUUGGUCGCAAAGAGCUUGGACCUAUUGAGUUCUAUGAGGUAAUAAGUCGCAAGCUUGAUGUUGUGAAUAUGAAGAUCGACUUCCUGAACCGAAAUGUUAAUGAAGGGUUUAGUGGUGGUGAAAGGAAACGCAAUGAGAUUUUGCAGCUUGCGGUCUUGGGGGCAGAUUUGUCUGUUUUAGAUGAAAUAGAUUCUGGGUUAGAUGUUGAUGCACUACAAGAUGUAGCAAAAGCUGUCAAUGGUCUUUUGACUCCGAAGAACUCUGUUUUGAUGAUUACUCAUUAUCAGCGACUUUUGGAUUAUAUAAGACCAAAUUAUAUUCAUAUUAUGGAUGACGGGAGAAUAGUGAAGACGGGUGAUAUCUCAAUAGCAAAAGUACUUGAAAAGGAAGGGUACAAAGCGAUUUCAUCUGCAUAACAAUUUCUGGCAGAAAAAUUUUGCAAGGCUGAGCUUUUGCGGUAUUUAUGUAAUGAGGGCAGAUUGCGGCAAUUUGUCAAGAAGCAGGAAUGCAUGCAGUUCGCAAGAACCGGUAUGUUAUACUUCCAAAGGACUUUGAAAAGGGUUACAGGGCAAAUGUUAAAAGCCCGACACAGACUUCGAGUUUUAUAAGUGAAGCAUUAUGAAAGCACAUUUAGAACAUUUGGAUACUUUUAGUGGACUCCUCUUUGUAAACGUCAAAAUAUUUCUCCUCCAUUCCUUUGUGUGCUAAUGGCAUGCUUUGUAUUAUUAUAAUUUUGCUUAGUAAGUAGUCGCAACUUGCAAAUGUUAAAAGCUCUCUUAAAGCUGUGGUCGUGUUGGAUUGGGCCUCUCUUGUUUGUUUGUAGAUAUCUCAA